GGUUGCAUCAAAUGGAAUCCACAGGCUAUGAACUUCUCUGGCACAUGCACACAGUUGGUACCAGUGAGUGUCUGCGGUGUCUGCUUCAACCUUAGAACCCCCAUUUCCAACCAGUCACCAGGCACUCCAGCCUACAAUGCAAAUGAGGAAAUCUUCCUAAGCUGGAAGGUUCCUUCGCCCAGUUUUUCACUUCAUGUUUUGGAUGCUACAGACCGGGUGAGCAGAGAUCCCAGGCUCUGGCCCAGGCAGCUGCCCUGCCUCCGAGCUCUGCCAUGAACCACUUCCAGACCAUCCUGACUCAGGUCCGGACGCUGCUCUCCAGCCAUCAGUCCAGUCAGGUGCAGGCCGUCCUAGACAGCCUGCUAGAGCAGGAUCUUCUCUCCCGAGAGUACCACUGCGCCCUGCUCCGUGAACCUGAUGGUGAGGCUCUGGCCAGGAAGAUCUCCUUGACCCUGCUGGAGAAAGGAGACCUGGACUUGGCCCUCUUGAGGUGGGCCUGGAGUGGGCUGCAGGCCCCAGUGGCUGCACGAGACCCCAGUUACAAGGACCAUGGGGGCAGUGGGCAGUGUACCACCAUGGAGUUGGGGCCUCUGGAAGGUGGGUACCUGGACCUUCUCAACAGCACUGCUGACCCCUUGAAGCUCUACCACCUCUAUGACAAGAUGGACCUGGUUGGUGAAGAAGAGAUCGAGCUCUGCUCAGAACCCGACAUGGACACCAUCAACUGUGAACAGUUCAGCAGGCUGUUGUGUGACAUGGACUGUGAUGAAGAGACCAGAGAGGCUUAUGCCAAUAUCGCGGAACUGGACCAGUAUGUGUUCCAGGACUCCGAGCUGGAAGGCCUGAGCAAAGACAUUUUCAUCGAGCACAUAGGAUCAGAAGAAAUGAUGGGUGAGAGUGUGGAGGUACUGGAGCAAGCAGGGCAGAAAAGUCAGAAAAGACCCUUCCCAGACGAUCUGCCCGGGGACCUGAAGCAUAGGAAGCUAGGUGAGCAGGGUGGGGUGGGCCCAGGGAGACUUGCCUCUUACACUUCUGUAGCUGAGAUGCACCAGGCAGGCCAAAUGCCUCCUACCAGUAGUCCACCUGUCCACAGCUUCCCAAAGUCUCCAGACCGGCCUGGCUCCACCAGCCCCUUUGCCCCGUCGGCAGCUGACCUUCCCAGCAUGCCCGAACCAGCCCUGACCUCCCGUGCGAACAUGGCAGAGAACGAGGUGUCCCCUACCCAAGGACUGGCAGUUCACCAGGUCCCCAGCAAGCUUCCAAAAUGGCCUGAGAGUGUGGAGCGGUUCUGCCGCUCACUGCGGGACAAGUACCAGGCCGAGCCUGCAGGCCCGGAAGGCAUCCUGGUGGAAGUGGACCUGGUGCGGGCACAGCUGGAGAGGAGCAGCAGCAAGAGCCAGGAGAGGGAGCUGGCCACGCUGGACUGGGCAGAGCGGCAGCUGGCCCACGUGGGUCUGGCCGAGGUGCUGCCGGCUGCUGGCGACCGCCGGCGGCCGCGUGACACCCAGGUGAUUGCUGCGCUGGGCAAAGCAGGUCAGGGUAAGAGCCGCUGGGCCCAGGCAGUGAGCCGGGCCUGGGCCUGCGGCCAACUGCCCCAGUACGACUUUGUCUUUUACUUGCCCUGCCACUGUUUGGACCAUCGGGGGGACACCUACCGCCUGCGGGACCUGCUCUCCCUGGGCUCGCAGCCCCUGGUGGUGGACGAUGAGGUCUGGGGCCACAUCUUGAGGAGGCCCGACCGCGUUCUGCUCAUCCUGGAUGCCUCCGAGGAGCUGGAAGCCCAGGACGGCUUCUUGCACGGCACGUCUGGCCCGGAGCCUACAGAGCCCCGCUCCUUUCUGGGACUGCUGGCGGGCCUCCUGCAACGCAAGCUGCUGCGCGGCUGCACGCUGCUGCUCACGGCCCGGCCUCGGGGCCGCCUUGCCCCGAGCCUCGGCAAGGCCGAUGCCCUCUUUGAGGUGGCCGGCUUCUCGGCUGAGCAGGCCGAGACCUACGUGAUGCGCUACUUUGAGCGUUCCGGAGAGACUGAGCGCCAAGAGAGAGCGCUGGCGCUCCUGCGGGGCCGGCCCCUUCUCCUCAGUCACAGCCACUGCCCCACCCUGUGCCGGGCCGUGUGCCAGCUCUCCGAGGCCCUCCUGGAGCUGAGUGAUGAGGCCAAGCUGCCCUCCACCCUCACAGGACUCUACGUUGGCCUACUGGGCCCUGCAGCCCGUGACAGCCCCCCGGGAGCCCUGAUGGGCCUGGCCAGGCUGGCUUGGGAGCUGGGCCGCAGACACCACGGCACCUUGAGGGAGGGUGAGCUCCCCUCGGCAGCGGUGAGGGCGUGGGCUGUGGCCAAAGGCUUGGUGCAGCCCUCCCCGGGGGCCCCGGGGACUGAGCUGGCCUUCUCCAGCUUCCUCCUGCAGUGUUUCCUGGGGGCUGUGUGGCUGGCUCUGAGCAGCGAAAUCAGGGACAAGGAGCUGCCUCAGUAUUUGGCAUUAACCCCAAGGAAGAAGAGGCCCUAUGACAACUGGCUGGAGGGCACUCCACGCUUUCUGGCUGGGCUGGUUUUCCAGCCUCAUGCCCGCUGCCUGGGAGCCCUGGCAGGGCCAGCGACGGCCACCCUGGUGGGCAGGAAGCAGAAGGUGCUCACCAGGUACCUGAAGAGGCUGCAGCCCGGGACGCUGAGGGUGGGGCGGCUGCUGGAGCUGCUUCACUGUGCCCAUGAGACGCUGGACACUGGGCUCUGGCAGCACGUGGUGCAGGGGCUACCAGCCCGCCUCUCCUUCCUGGGGACCCGCCUCACGCCUCCCAAUACUCACAUGCUGGGCAGUGCCUUGGAGGCAGCGGGCAGAGACUUCUCCCUGGACCUCCGCAGCACUGGCAUUGACCCCUCUGGACUGGGGAGCCUCGUGGGACUCAGCUGUGUCACUCAUUUCAGGGCGGCCUUGAGUGACACAGUAAGGCUGUGGGAGUGCCUGCAGCAGCGUGGGGAGGCCAAGCUACUCCAGGCAGUGGAGGAGAAGUUCACCAUCGAGCCUUUCAAGGCCAAGUCCAUGAAGGAUAUAGAAGACCUGGGCAACCUCGUGCAAAUUCAGAGGACAAGAAGCUCCUGGGAAGACACAGCUGGGGAACUCCCUGCUGUCCGGGACCUCAAGAAGCUGGAGUUUGCGCUGGGCCCUGUCUUGGGCCCCCAGGCUUUCCCCAGACUGGUGAGGAUCCUUGAGGCCUUUUCUUCCCUUCAGCAUCUGGACCUAGACUCACUGAGUGAGAACAAGAUUGGGGAUGAGGGGGUCGCGCAGCUAUCAGCCACCUUCCCUCAACUGAAGGCCUUGGAGACGCUCAACCUGUCCCAGAACAACAUCACUGACGUGGGCGCCUGCAAGCUCGCCGAGGCCCUGCCCUCGCUGGCUGCGUCCCUCCUCAGGCUGAGCCUGUACAAUAACUGCAUCUGUGAUACGGGAGCUGAGAACCUGGCACAUGUGCUCCCACAGAUGGUGUCCCUCCGGGUGCUCGAUGUCCAGUACAACAAGUUCACAGCUGUGGGGGCCCAGCAGCUCGCCACCAGCCUGAGAAAGUGCCCUCACGUGGAGACGCUGGCGAUGUGGACGCCCACCAUCCCAUUUGGCGUCCAGGAACAUCUGCAGCAGCUGGACUCACGGAUCAGCCUGAGAUGAUCCUGGCUGUGGCUGGGAUGAGCACGUUCUCUGAGGACACUGACCUCGCUGGACCUUGAACUGGUCAUUUGUGGGCACAGCUCUUCUUGGGCUGGCCCCUGCCCAGCCAUGGAAGGGACAGACCCAGGUCGGCUCCAGGCCCCUUUGGGACCCAGGCUGAUGACAGCCCUGCUCAACCACUGCAGCCCUGGCGGACGGAUGGGUGCCUGGGGGCAGCUGCAGUCCACUUGGGCCCUGAGCCAUUCAUUCCCUGCAGGACGCUCUGGACAGUCGUGGCCAGUUCAGAGUGAGGGACUGAGAUGGCCGCAUCUCUGCCUCCACGUGCUCUAACAGCACAUCCUUGGGCUCUGAAGAUACCAGCAGGCAAAUGUGGCCUGGCAGCUGGGAUUCUGUGGUGGCUGCUUUCUGUCUGAGGGACUCACUGUUUUGCACUAACUGUGUUUGCUGAGGCCCAAGUGAGGCCUGGCCAGGCACGCUGGCCCCAAGCAGGGAAACAGCUGGUGGUACACUAAUGGAGGAGGGGAGGGGAGACGGGCUGGAACCACACCUGUCUUUUCUGCCUCCAUUUGUGUCGUUUUCACUACAUUAUAGAUGGUUUUUAUCUCACA